AAUAAGUUCACAGAUGUAGUAGGUAGGUCAAGCAGUGUUAUAAUGGACAGUGGCUUGGUGCCUAUAUCGCCGAAUAGGGCAGACAUGGGCGACCUUGCGCAGCUAAGUGAAGAUAUGAAACUGCACAUUGCGCAACUAAAAGCACAGAUUAACUCUGGGGACUCAGAUUUGAAAACUGAGAUUGAAGACCAAACUGAACCUCCAUCUUCCUCCAAUCUUCUACCUCCUUCUCCUCACACCUCACUCAUGGAUGCGGGUGAUGCUCCUGAGGAUCCUCCCCCUGAUGCAGGAGAAUUAGAGCAGGAUCCGAAACCUCCUGAGCCGGAACCUCACACCAGUGUGAAGACAAAUCCUGUUCCCAAGAAAAGAAAGAAAGUUAAACGGAGCAGUUUACAUAGUCAAUCUUCAAGCACUCCUCCCAGAUCGAUCACUGAAGGAACGGAGGAAGCGAUCCCAGUCAAAUAUCUCCAGAUGUCGAGCAAGUCUCCUCGAUCGAAACAAACAAACAACAAACAAAUUCUUAACAAGAAGCCAGACGGCAUCUGCAGCAGUGACAUUGAUUCUGCAGCCAUAAGUGCCAACCAACCAACACCAAGAAGCAUUGAUUCAAGAACUUCAUUUGGAAUGAGCCAGUACAGUGAUUUUCAACCACCACGUACGGAUCGUCAGUUAAAAUACGAGGAGAGGAUAAUCGAUCUGAAGAAGAAGAACACGGAACUUGUAGCGAUUGCGAGAAGAUUGGAGGAAAAAGCAAAAUCCCUGCAAGAGCAAAAUGUUAAGAAAUCGCAAGAUUUACGAUCCGUCAACCAAGACCUACAGCAGCAAAAAAGAUCUCACCAGCGCCACCGUGUGCGGUGUGAAACUGAACACUCAAGAGCACUUAACGAGUGUGAGACGCAACUACGAACUGCCCAAGCCCAGCUGGCUGAUCUUAAGCUUGCCAUGAAACAAACACGGAGAGAAAAACUUGUUAAAAAUGCAGGCAACGAUAGUGGAGAUGAAAAUAUAAUGGUUCAAAAACAACUGGAGAUGAUGAAACUGCAGAAGCUGGCAGCUGCUGCAAGUAAUAAGGUUGUGAUUCGAUCCCUGUCUACUCCGGUCACCGCUCGUCAGAAGAUCUUAGAAACCUCGAACCGGAAUCUCCGUCGACAAAUUUCUUCCUUGGAGGCGGAGUUACAAAAUCUCCAGCAGAAGUCCGAAGAUCAUUCUGGAAACGAGGAGUUAAAAGAAGAAAACAGAGCUUUUCAAGAACAAAUAUCAGCUUUGGAAUCUCAACUUGGAGAAUCAAAGAUUGAAACGAGCGACAUCAGUGUUCAAUACCAGGAGCUUAAACAUCUGCAUGAACAGUUACAGUGGGAGUAUAAUACAGUACAUGGACAACUAGCUGUUGCAAUUCAAGAGCGAGAUAAAGCAGUUCAACAGUGCAGAGAAUUCUCUUCUACCAUUACUGAUAUGGAGACAACAAUAAAAAAUUUUGACAAAACUCGAGAAUCGUUUAAAUCUCUGCAAUCACAACACAUGGAAUCUCAACAGCAUCACCUAGUGGAAGUUCGUAAUUUAAAGUCCGAGCAUGAUUCUGUCGUAGCAGACUACCAACAAACUUUACAACAUUUACAGUCCAAAGUGAAUGAGUUGGAAGCUCAAUGCAGAGAACAAGACAUGAAUAAUAAGAACAUGAAGCAACAAAUAUCUCAACUUAUCCAGUGGUCACGUGAAAAAGAUUCUCACUCCCCUAAUGCUAAUCGUGCAGAAAACCGAAACAACAACAACAUGAUCCAGCACCCCGUGCACCGUCGCACGCCCUCGCAAGAUAGCCGAGCAUCCGACAGUGUCGCGUCACAUCACAGUCAUCAAGAUUUGGCACAAGGAAAACUCAGGAUGGUACCACAAGUUACUACGACAGACGACACAGAGAUUGAAGAUUUCUAUGAAGAUGAGAUUUUGCCACAAAGCUGUGACAAAGUGCAUCGCAGUGAAAUGAUCGCUAGCGGAAGUUUGAAAGUUUUUAUAGCAAAAUACACAUAUAAUCCACAAGAGGGGCCCAACGAGCACCCGGAGGCAGAGCUCCCACUUGUGGCGGGGGAUUACGUCUAUGUGUGCGGGGAAAUUGACGAAGAUGGAUUUUUUGAAGGUGAAUUAAUGAGUGGACAACGUGGCCUCGUACCUUCAAACUUUCUUGAACCUGUUCCGGAUGAUCGGUUAUUACCUCAUUGUGAUGCAAGAAUGCUCAGUUCAGGACAUUCAAAUGAUAAACACAGAUCUGUUGAAUCAGAGUUGAGCCACAGUUACUGCAGUAGUGUGACAACCAAUAGUUGUGAUCUUGAAUCAAGUGAUGUCACUGACUGCCAUUCCAUUAACUCGAGUGUACUCCCUUACCCACGAAAAUUACGAGUUGACAAGAAAUUAUCUCACAGUCUUAUUAUAGGUUGGGUUGUCCCGAAACUUGACAAUGAUGAAAUAGUAGAGGAUUAUCAUAUACUGGUGGAUGGAAGGUUGGCUACUGUGGUUAGUGGGAACAAGAGCAAAGCAGUGGUGGAGAACAUUUAUUAUAACAAGCAAAAAUACUGCAUAAGUGUUUGUGCGGUCACGGGUCACCGACGAUCUGACCCCAUGCAUUGUUUCCUAUAUUAUGGACACGGUUCAGCGCAUAACAAGAUCAAUAAUGUCCGAGUCGACUAUCUAGGGACAUCUAGUGCUCGUUUGUCAUGGACCCCGACGCGCAGCAACGUACAACAUGUUAUUUCUAUUGGACAAGUAACAAGCAGUGUUACCAGAUUAAGCCAAUACCAGCGUCAGAUAAUCGUUACCCCUCCAUUAUACGAACACACCAUACAUGGAUUGAAGAUCGGUGCUAUGUAUGAAGUUGUUGUGAGUAUGAAAACUAAUAAACAAUCGGAUGAAGCUGCAGGCUCUGAUCCUAUCAGAUUUACUACCAACACUGUGGAACCCCCAAGUGCACCAUCAAGUGUUAAAAUAUCGCUCAAGUCCGAGAGUAUUAUCGAAGUAUCAUGGACUUCUGAUGAUUUUGAUGACAUCAGCAAUUAUUUUGUGUUCAUGAAUGGAAUCAAAAUUGCUGAGUCAGCGAAUGAUUAUUGUGAGAUAUCUAUGAAAAGUGUGUUUAGAAUUCUCCCGCAAAUUGGGUACGAUGUGAACCGCAUACGCUCGCCAAGCUAUUCUCCAUUCAUAGAAAUAACAUUACAAGGAAAGUCAUCAAGUGGCGUUUUCUCUGAUAUUUCCGAACCCACAAUUUUCCCAGAAAGUUUCAUCGAAAAGCUCCUCCAGCUGCCUCUGGUGACAGGAACCUCCCCAAAAACUCGCAGAAAGACGAAACGCGAACUUUACGACGAACCCCCCCACCCGGUGGUGCCUUCUAUAGAAAUAACGCAUGACACGAGCAGCGAUGAUGAAAACAACCACAGGAGGCGCUUUCGAGAGAAAGAAUCAGCGAAAAAAUCGUCACAAAAUCGAGAAAUCCCUUCCGACCCACGUUCAGCUACUAUUGACCCCUCGUUUUUUUCCCGAGAAUCCCCGGCAGUGAGCCGCCUUGCACGCCGACGUGUCCACUCUGACGACGACUCGUGCUCUUCAUCCUCAACGAGCUCGCUUAACCGUAGACAGCCGGUGGAAGGUUGGGAGAAACGACCCACAUUCCAAGUUGGGGGGAGGACGGUGAAAAGUCACCAACCCAGAAGCGAGGACAAAUUUUCAGACAAAGACUCUGCAAGUAAUUUAAGCCCAGUAUCUCGCCGAACGAGGUCAGUGCAGGAUAAACGACUCGUACAAAGUAGCACACUUAGUAGUCAAAGUGGACCAGAUUCUAUUACUGAGCUUGAUAUUUCUGACUCUCGUGUCAGUCUGUAUGUGGCACUGUAUGACUACAACCCCUACACCAUGUCACCAAACCAAGACUGCUUACAAGAUGAGUUAUCUUUCACCGAAGGACAACUAAUCAAGGUUUACGGUGAAAAAGACGCUGAUGGGUUUUAUAUGGGCGAAAAACAUAAUGGUAAACGUGGGUAUGUCCCGUGUAACAUGGUAUCAGAAGUUCAGGUUGAUGACUACACGAUGUUGGAAGAGUUAUUUGAUCGAGGACAUCUUCCAUCUGUGUCCUCUGAUCAUCGUACAUCAAGUCAUAAUGAUCAGUUGUCAGAUCACAAUGGAUCAGCGGAUCUCCUCACACAAGAUGGUGCCCCUGAGCUGAGUUCAGAGUUGCUCCCUGUAGCGCCACCUAACAGUGAUGUGAAAUUAUACGUGGCUCUCUUCGACUACGAUCCGAAAGAGUCCUCGCCAAAUAUUGAUGCGGAAGCAGAACUUUCGUUCGCGAGCGGCGACCUCAUCCAUGUUCAUGGGGUCAUGGAUGAAGACGGGUUUUUCAGGGGUGAGAGAAAUGGUUGCUUUGGGUUGGUUCCCUCUAACUUUCUUGAAGAAGUGACUGAGAAUACGGGAUCUAACCACCUCAAACCGGAGAUGAAUGGAUACAGCGCACCAGUGCCCACUAUAUCUGCUGAAACCAUGACAGAGGCAACCGUUAUCAACAAUCCACCAAAAGUUGAACCAUCUAGUGUUACUUCAACCAGUAGUACUACAAGUUCUGUUAAGUCAGAUGGUAGCAAACGCAAAGGAAUUUUCUCCAAAGGAAAACAGCUAUUUAUUUUCCAACCGUGUGCCUGCUUUUAUUUAACCUUAUAUACUUACACAUUUUAUCAUGUUUUGUUUUUUGUGUAUUCUAUUUAUUGUAGCCGCUGCGGGUAAUCUUAUAUGCUGAACUAUUAAUAUAUAUGGAGCAUAUUUUGGUCCAGAAUUUAAGGCCCUAAGGUGUUCUGAACCAUGUAGGAUUUUGCGAUUGUUGACAAAUGUACCUCAAAAUUAAAGUUAAAUUAGCUUCGAUGCUAAAACCUGAUCAGUAUUAACAUUAUUCCACACAAUCUGCAGUAGAUUAUACUGUGAGUUGAUAUUAAUCUGCAGGCAUAAGUCACUGUUCCCCACCAUGACAUAAACAUAGGCAUUUAGCUUGGUGCUUCUAAAAGCAAGUCGUCCAUUUUUAACUUUGUGUUUCAAUUUUUUAAUACGCUGGUUUUUAGAAUGCAUUGGAAUUAAAGUUGCAAAAUUUUCAAAUUUCAAA